GUUCUACUAUGUUAUUAUUUAACGAGAAAGCCGAAAUCAUCAUUUUUCUUAUAAAUUUUAUUUGAGUAUUUAAUUUACAAGUGUUUUAUCAUUGGAUUUAACAUUUUUAUUAAACGUCUAUCGAAGACUGUUUGUUGUGAAGCUAUUCACUUAGACUGUAUUAUCUUCAUAGUUUAGCAAGUAAUUAAAAUGAAAGAUACUCCAGUUGAAAAAGAAGCACAAGAUGCUGGGUCUGGCUCUGAAAAUGAACCAGAAGAAGAAGAAUAUUCCGUUGAAAAAAUUUUAGACAAACGUUUCAAAAAUGGUAAAGUAGAAUAUUUUUUAAAAUGGAAAGGUUAUUCAGAUGAAGAUAACACUUGGGAACCAGAAGAAAAUCUUGAUUGUCCAGAACUUAUUGAAGAAUUUGAAGAAAAGUUAAAGCAACGAAAGGAAAAAGAAAAAAAACCAAAAGAUACUCCAGAACGUGGACGAAAACGUACUCUAUCUAAUUCUAAUACUUCUGCAACAGAUGCAGGUCCUUCAAAAGAACGUAGAAAAGCAUCACCGGCUAAAACAAAGACAAAUACUGAAGAAGAAGAAACUAAGGGAACUUCAGGUUUUCAACGUGGUCUUGAAGCAGAAAAAAUAAUAGGAGCUACUGACACUAGUGGCCAAUUGAUGUUUCUAUUAAAAUGGAAGGGUGUAGAAGAGGCAGAUUUAGUACCUGCUAAAACAGCCAAUGUAUUGUGUCCACAAGUUGUUAUUAAAUUUUAUGAAGAAAGACUUACAUGGCAUAGCCCGCAGAACAAAAAUGGGGUUUAAUUGUAUAAGUAGACUAGUAGACGAGUUCUUUAUUUAUAAAGGGCUCAAAAAUAUUCUUUUUGAAUUUUUAUUUAAUCUAAUUUUAUGAUAUUAUGGAAAAAGGUCCCAUAAAAAAAAAAAAAACAGUCCAAUCUAAGUGUAACUUUUUAAAUAUUUGUAAGUUUUUUUAUAAUGUUGUAAAAUUCCUUGAAAAUAAUGAAAUGUCAAAUAUCUACUUUUGUUUGCCUCAAAAACAAAAUAGUAUUUUAAGUUGUUUACUAUGUAUUUUUAAUGUUGUGAUGAAACAUUUCAAUAUUUCUAUAUAACUAUUAUUAACAUAACGACAUAAAUUAUCUUAUACAAGUCUUCUUAUGUUAUAUUAAAACAUUCAGUUAAUUAGUAUAAUGCAGUUUUUUUUGUUUAUUUUGUUCUUUUCUAAUAUAAAUAAGUGCAUUUGUAAUUUUUUAAGUUAUGGUAUUUAAUCCUACUAUAAUGUGGGUUAGUAUCUAGAUUUGAUAACUCGUAUUCUUGACUUAUUAUAUAUAGAUUAAUUAAAAGAAAAUCUUAGUUAUUAUUUAAUUAAUUUGAACAAUUAGUUACCAUAGUAAUUUUUAAAACCUAAUUACUAAAUAAUUAAAUAUUAAUUUUAAUCUAUCUGAUUAUGAUAUAAGUUUUUAAAGCGCAUAAAUGUAGGACAAUAGUAAUUUUACUAUCAACAAUUUUUAGACUAAUUUUAUACAUAAUUUGUAGUGCAGAUUCCAAAUCUGGCUUCAGGUUUUUAGUCAUAUUAUUUUAAGAUAGUUACUAAUUAGAAAUUAAACAAUAAAAUUAUUAUAUGAACCUGAAAAUAAAAUUAAUUUUCUUAGUUUAAUUAACGAUGUUUAAAUGUAUAAAAUUUGUGGCUUAUCUAUCAAGGUUAGCUAUUUAUAAACCUUGUUUGAUGAACAUUAUUCAGAAAAAGUUUUCACUAACUAUUAUGGAUAAUAAUUAUGAAAUUGCUAUCAGUUAAUACAUUACUUUUUUCAAGAAUAUCAAAUUUUUAUCUUUUACAUAAUAAAAAACCCAAAAAAAUGAGCUCAAAAACUUUUUCUUUCAAAACUUUAAUUGUAUACAAGUAAACUAUGCAAUAGAAUAUUAAGGUAAAUAAUUUUUGGACCUGAAAUCAAACUAACUGUAAAAUUGAGUUCCUGGUGUAUAAAUAUUUUAGUAAAUAAGUUUUUUGACUAUCAAAAAAGCCAAAUAAAUACUAGAUAGUUUGUGUUAACUGAACCUUUAGAGUUGGGCUCAAAACAUCUUUUUCAUACUACUUCAUUUAAAUAUAAGUUAUACAUGGUUGCCAUUUUUUAGAAUUGCAUAACAGGAUAAUCAAUAAGACAAAAAAAACAUUGACUGUUAUUUUUAUUAAAUAUAUUUAUUCAUAAUAAGAUAUUAAACAUAGUUGUUCACAAAGUAUUAGUUUGAUACAUACAUAUUUAUUAUAAAACUAUUUAUCAUAGUAUACAAAGGCAUAAUUUGGAAAAUUUCUGUGGGAACUAUAGUACUAUACUCUAUUAGUUGGAUUGGGUUAUAGUCUGGGUAAUUUACUUGGUGGGUUGCUUUUUUACCAUAUUAUUCCUUGUCACCAGACUAAAAAUAAGAGAGGAAGAUAGACUCCAAGGUCUAUCUAUAAUUGAAGCUAAAUUGACUAAUGUUUUUAUAGCUCAAUAUUUCAUAAUUUAGAUAAAUUCGAAUAAUAAUUUACUUAUAGGGUUUCCUAAAAAUAAUCCUGAGGCUAAUUAAAUACAGCUAGAUUAGUUCUGAGAGUCCUGUGUGGUUCUCCCCA